AUGAACAACUAUAUAUCAUUGGAGACACAGUACUUCCAGUUGUCAUUCUCAAUGGCGUUGUACAUGGAUGAUAUUGGACAAAUGCUAAAGAGUCUAAAGAAUCCAAAGAAUCUUAAUCAAGGUCAAGGUGCUGCUGCUUCUGCGAUGACCUCUGCGACAAACAAGACAACAGAUCUAUCGAUUAGAGACAUUGAAACAUCGUCCAAGGUCGAUGACAUAUUCUUUGUAUUCCGCAAAGUGGUCAGUCGAUCCAUAUCAUCAUUGUGUUCACCAAGUAUAUGUGCCACCAUCAACCUUACCUCUUCAAACUUUGACUCUUUAUAUAUACCUUAUAUUGAAAUACUUCUCAAGCAGACAUAUGGAGGUGACUUUGAUAAGAAGCGUGACUACUUCCUCGUUAUCCUGAACGACAUGUGUACGACCAACACGUACAUUGCACAGAUGCAGAGAGAGCUGGUCGAUCUCACCAACCAAAGAUUGACUACCGAUGACGAGGUCAAGAUGAUCACCAUGUGUAUCAAUGGAGACAGCUUAACAACACUAAGUGAUCGUAUGGAGACAUUGCUAAAGGAGAAUGUAGAGAAAAUUGUACAGAUAUUAUCAAUACCUAUCAACCAGUUGAUAUUCCCUAUCAACCAUAUCCACUAUGAGAUCAAUGAUCAAGAGUACGAACGAUACGAGAUCAAUGAUCCAUUCGCACAGGACUUUCUCGACUCUUUCGAUGACCUACUGAGUCCAUACAAGUCUAUUCUGUUAACAUCAAUAUUCGACAAGUUGAUCAACCAUCUUUCAAGCCAUGUGGCCGCCACUUUGGAGGACCACAUCAAACAGAAGAAGUUCAACUUCUUGGGAGCAUUGCAGUUGUCAAAGGACAUUAGAAAGAUCAUCGACCAUUGUGUACAGCUGACGAGCGAACAGAAUAUCAGACACAAGUUCAUAAGACUACAACAAAUAGUUCAGCUGUUAACGAUGGACAAGGUGACCGACAUACAGGACUACACACAAGAGGGCUACCAAUGGAAGCUCAGUGUACUAGACAUCAAACUCUUAUUAGCACGUCGCUCUGACUUCCCACUUCAAGCAGUGCAUAACUUAAAGCUAUGA